AUGGCAGCGUCCAUGCCGGCGAAGAAGCCGGAGAAGGUGACCUGGGUUGCGCGCCUCUCCGGCCUGGGCAGCUGCACCUCUCGGGCGCUUCGCUUGGUUUGGGUCACCAGUCGUUGGCUGUCCUUCAGCCUGGCGCUGCUCACGCUGCUGAUGGGCGCGCUGCCCACUUUGCGGGCAGCGGUCACCAAGCGCGUCAUCGACGCGGUGGUGCAAGGCGCCAGCAGCGGUGCAGGCCCCCACGCGGCUUUGGUUUUCCUGGGCCUGGAGGCCGGCAUCGUGGUGCUGCAGGCGGCGGCGCGGCGCGGCUUCGAGGUGGCCGAGUCCUUUCUGGGGACCUUGCUGGGCCAUCGCGUGAACGUCAUGAUCCUCGAAAAGGCUCUGGAGCUUCAGCUCACAGACUUCGAGGACUCCAGCCUCUACGACAAGCUCACGCGCGCACGCCGAGAGGCGAGCCAAAGGCCUUUGUCCUUGGCGAAGCAGUCCCUGAGCCUGAUCCGCAACAGCCUUUCACUCCUGGGUUACGGCGCAUUGUUGCUGGGCUUCUCUCCGCUGGCGGUGGUGGUCUUGCUGGUGACUGCAGUGCCGCCCUUCAUUGCCGGGGUCAAGUUUGCAGGCGACGCCUUCCAGCUGGCGCGAAGACAAACCUCCGGCUUUCGGGAGCAGAUCUACCUGGAGCGGGUCAUUGCCAUGGAUGCGCCCGCCAAGGAGGUGAAACUCUUCAGUUUGGGACCCUGGCUGCUGAAGAGGUACAAGGGCAUCUUCGAUUCCUUCUUCAAGGACACCACCAACCUGGCGUUGCGCCAGGGCACCUACGGCUUUCUGCUGGAGCUGAUCUCUACCUCGGGCUUAUAUCUGGCCUUUGCCUGGGUGGCCAUCAGUGCGGUGAAAGGGCAGAUCUCCUUGGGCCAGAUGACCAUGUACCUUCUCAUCUUCCAGGAAGGUCAGCAGGCCUUCUCGUCGAUCCUCCGUGCGAUUGGUGGAAUGUAUUCCGACAACCUGUACUUGUCCAACCUCUAUGAGUUCUUGGACUACAAGGUUCAGCCCGUCGGCGGCACUGCGCGGAGCGGGCCGAAGCCCGGAGAUGGCGUGCGCUUCGAGGAUGUGUGGUUCCGAUACCCCGGGGCCUCCGAGGACACCAUCAAGGGUGUCAGCUUCCACAUCCCGCCUGGCACGCGAUUUGCGCUGGUGGGGAACAAUGGGGCAGGCAAGACCACGCUGAUCAAGCUGCUCACUGGCCUGUACCAGCCCAACCAGGGCCGGAUCCUGCUGGAUGGCCUGGAUCUCAAGGAGUGGUCGUCGCAGGCGCUGAAGCAGCGCAUCGGCGCCAUCUUCCAGGACUUCGUGCGCUACGAGCUUUCAGUGGGCGAGAACGUGGGUGUGGGAGACGUGGAUGCCAUUGAGCAGGAGCCGCGGCUGGUGCGUGCAGCUGAGAGAGGCAUGGCAGAUCCCUUCAUCCAACAGUGGCCGCAGAAGUACAGGACGCAGCUGGGCAAUCUCUUCAUGCGCGGACGGGAGCUGAGUGGCGGACAAUGGCAGAAAGUUGCCUUAAGCCGCGCUUUGAUGCGGGAAGAAGCCGACUUGCUGAUCUUGGAUGAGCCUACAGCCGCCAUGGAUGCUGAGGCAGAGGCUGCCAUUUUCGACCGCUUGACGAGUCUGACAGCGGACCAAUCGGCACUGCUGAUCAGCCAUCGCUUCUCAACUGUGCGCAUGGCGGAUCAGAUCGCCGUUUUAGAGGGUGGCAAGAUCGCGGAGUAUGGAAGCCACGAAGAGCUGCUGGCCUUGGAGCUGGACAAGUGUGAAGCGGCCACCAGCUACGACCCCUUCGAGCCAAUGAAGCAGGAGGCCUUGCAGCAGUCGGUGGAGCCGCUCGAGGCCUCUCUGCAGCCCCUCAUGGCCCUGGUCUCCGCUUCGGCAGACGAGGCGCGGUCUGCGCUCGACGCCGCGCUGCUACGGUCCCUGUGGGGCAACCAGGCAGACCUGUCGCUGAGCGGGGGUGAGGUGAUCUCCUUGAAGGGUGGCGCCCUGGAGAACCUGGUAUCAGACCAGCGCGAAGUGGCGCUAGAUGCACUGCAGGGUACCAAGCAGGUGAUCAUCGUCUUGGACAAUCACGGGUUGGAGGUCCUUUGCGAUUUGGUCCUGGCCGAUGCCUUGCUGCAGCUCACUGAUGCCGCAGUGUCUCUGCAUGUGAAGGACGCCCCGGUUUUCGUGUCAGAUGUCACGGCCGAGGAUGUUCCGCAGGUGUUGGAGUGGCUGGACUCUCGAUGCGACCUCGCCAAGAGGCUCAAGAAGCACCUAGCCGAUGGACGAUUGAAGGUCCAGGCCCACAGCUUCUACACCAGCGCCCGGGCCUUCUGGGAGCUGCCGGAGGAUCUGGCGAAGGACUACCACGACGCUGUGGUGAUCUUGAAGGGCGACGCCAACUACCGGCGCCUCUUGGGCGACCUGCACUGGCCCUACGACACGGAUUUCACGGCAUAUGCUCAGAGCUUCUGGAAAGGAGCCGGCUUGAUUUGCCUGCGGACCAUGAAGAGCGGGGUGGCCCUGGGCGUCUCGGAGCAGCAGCAGAGCCGAGCUCAGGCGGCGCAGCCUGAGGAUUGGCUCACCUCGGGGACCUUUGGGCAGGUCUUGGCCUGGAAGGCCUGA